UAAAUAUAAAAAAGUUCGACCAAUUAUUAUCAAAUUUCAUUUUAGAUUUAUCGAGUGCGACAUGAUGCAUAAGUAUUCUUAUCGCGCUGAAUGUCGUAGUGAAAAUAAUUUUUAAGCGGAAAUAUUUAUUUUAGAUAAAUGUUUCGUAAUUAGAGUCGUAACAUUUGAAGGUUAAUUAAUUCGCGAGAUACGAAAAAGCUCGUGUCGUUUUGGAAUUUACUCAGGAUGAGUCCCGUAUUGGCCGUUGAGUUAUUGUUCUUCGCCAUCUUCGGUCAGACGACCCACGAACAAUUCAAGGUUGAAAUAACGCAGCCCGAAUGGACCAAAGUUCUCUUCAAGCUCACCUUCGGUAUUUAUAUGCUGGUUUCGGUGGUUGUGCUGAUUAAUCUUCUAAUUGCCAUGAUGAGUGAUACUUACCAAAGGAUACAAGCUCAGUCCGACAUCGAAUGGAAAUACGGAUUGAGUAAGCUCGUUAGAAAUAUGCACAGGACAAAUACGGCGCCAUCACCGUUGAAUCUUCUUACCACCUGGAUGACAUAUUUGUUCAAACACUGCAAAAAACGCGCUGCGAAAAAACAACGACCUUCCCUUGUCCGCUUGAUGCAAAGAACUGACGCUCUUUCACCACGCUCCAAAAUGGCCACCAAAUGGUUAUCCAAAGUAAAAAAGACUCAAGCGGCUCAUAAAGAAAGUAUCGCCUUGUCGAUUGUUCAAUUAAGUCCUCUUGGCAGUCAAUUAUCGUUUAGUAAUGCUGUCAGAAUCGAUAACGUUGUCGAUUGGGAAGCGGUUCGACGAAAGUAUCGAGAUCUUUAUGGUGAAAAGAUCGAAAAACAUGCUGAAGAAUCGAAAGAUAUUAUCGAACACGACCCCCUACCGGCUGUUUUGGAAAGUUCAUUGGCCGGUGUUCCCAUUGGAAACCAAGCUGUAUCUACUUCUGUUUCUUGAAUCGAUUAUUCGAUUUUUCACAAUCGAUAUAUUGAUUAGAAAAUUGAUCUGUUUGAACAUAUUCUAUCUAAUUGAAUAUAUUCUUCUGAUAUUAAAUUAUUAAAAUAAAACGUACGAAUUUAUCAUUUUCCAAUAUAAAUGUACAAUCUUGCAUCUUGCAUUUGAUCUUUCUUGAAAUAAACAUCAGAGAUGACCGGAUCA